AUGGCUGACAACGUGCAGAUAAAAACUGAUGAUCUUCAUAAAUUAAAAGAAGGUGAGAUAUUUGUUGAUGCGGAAACAGGUAAAAAAUAUCGGGUAAGGAAAACGUUUCUUCCUCAGCACAUUGGCGGCGGUCCGCACGGCUUAGGUGAUCCGAAUGAUAGAACAUUAAGGCAUAUUGAAGCUGAUGUCAUUAUUCCCUAUCAAAUGAACACAGAAAUCGAGCGAGUAGAAUGUCAUAAGCAGUAUUUAGAUCUUGUUCAUUGUAUGAAGACCGAAGGCGCAAUUCGUGGUCUUAAACUUUGUCGGCCUAUUCUUACUGUUUAUAAUAAAUGCAAAGCUGAAAAAUUUAGAGAUCCUGAAUUUCGUGAGCGCAUCACUGAACAAUUUUUAAAUGAACGAUCCGAAUAUCGAAAAACUGGUUUGAAUAUAAAAGAACGCGAGUUUCAAACAUUUCGCACUUCCAGGGUGAAAGAACCGGAUGAAAAUACUUGA